AUGAUGAUUUCCAAUCUCACCGUGUACAGCCCAGACGUAUUCCUCCUGACGGGCAUCCCUGGGCUAGAAAAUGUCCAGUCGUGGCUCGCCAUUCCUCUGUGCACCUUGUACGUGGCUGCAGUUCUGGGCAACUGUACCAUCCUCUUCAUCGUCCACACAGAGCCGAGCCUCCACCAGCCCAUGUACUAUUUCCUGAGCAUGUUGGCCCUCUCCGACCUGGGCCUCUCGGUGUCCACCAUGCCCACGAUGCUGAGCCUCUUCCUCCUCAACUCCCGGGAGGUGAACGUCAACUCCUGCAUCGCCCAGCUGUACUUCGUCCACACGUUCUCCCUCAUGGAGUCGGCCAUGCUGCUGGCCAUGGCCUUUGAUCGCUUUGUGGCCAUCCAGCAGCCCCUCAGGUACACUUCCAUCCUGACGGACUCGACUGUCCUCAGGACUGGGCUGGCAUUUGCUGUAAGGAGCGCUUUUAUGGUAAUGCCUACCCCCAUUCUCCUCCGCCGGCUGCAGUUCUGCCUUCCCAACAUCCUCUCCCACUCCUUCUGCCUGCACCAGGAUGUCAUGAAGCUGUCCUGCUCUGACAGAAGGAUCAACAGCAUCCUUGGGCUCUUUGUCGUUGUCUCCACCAUGGGCCUGGACUCUGUGCUCAUUGUCCUCUCCUACAUCCUCAUCGUCAGCACGGUGCUGGGCAUUGCAUCCCGAGACGAACGCCUCAAGGUCCUCAACACUUGUGUCUCCCACAUCUGUGCUGUCCUGAUCUUCUAUAUCCCCAUGAUCGGCAUUUCCAUGAUCCACCGGUUUGGGAAACACGCCUCUCCCCUGGUGCAUGUCCUCAUGGCUGAUGUCUAUGUGCUGGUGCCCCCAGUGAUGAACCCCAUUGUGUACAGUGUGAAAACUAAGCAGAUUCGGCGGCAGAUACUGGGGGAUCUUGUCAAUAUAGCACAUGCAGGCUGUGCUCUCACUCACACCUCCGAGCUAUCUGAAGAUGUUAUUGCCCCAUCAUCCCCUUCACGCAGUGUAUCGGCUCCCAGCUUCACCCUCCUCUGUGAGAUCCCACCACUAGGCAGCCCUCAUCCAGACACCCCUCCGGUGCUCUCCGUGGUCUCCUGGUACUUUCCCUCCUCAGACACUGGCCCCAUCGUGCUCAUCCUGCAAGUGGUUAAAACUGACCUGUACUGCAGGAGGUCACGGUUUCCCACAAAGCUACCAAAGGCCAUCAACGUGAGAAGGACGGACAUACCCACCAGACAGGCUGGUGGUCAGAGCGCAUGCCUGGAAAGCCAGUGA